AAAAAGAAAAAAAAAUAUUGGCAGCACUGCGGCAAUGGCGGAAGGCGGAAUUCGCGUAGGUUACGUUUGAUGCUGCAGUGAUAUCGUGCGUGUCCCUCGUAAAAAAAAACGCGUAUCAAUUGCGACUUGCGACACAUGGAGAGAACAAUGUCGGAACAAGCAGCUUUGCAAACGCAAACGGAAACAAUCUCCGAGGCGGAUGUCACCGAAUCGCAGGAUGUGCCUACUGUACGAUUACGUUUACGAAAACCAAAAUCAAACAAAAAGGUCCAAUGGACUCAAGGAACUGUUGAUAAUGAACAUCUAAACAAGAAAAAGUCAAAAUGUUGUUGUAUUUACGAGAAACCAAAAACUUUUGGUGAAAGUAGUUCCGAAGAUAGCGAUGAUGAAUGUGAACAUUGUCAUGGGCAUAAGGAUGUUCAUAAGAAAGUCAUACCCAAAACUGGAAAUGCUGCUCAAGAUGGAAUGUCUCAUCCUGAACCGAUUGCGACAGGAUCAACAUAAAUAUUUAUAUAUCCAUUGACCAUCCUGCUAAAUGGAAAAUAAAUUCCUUUAUGCUGUUUCUCAAGUCAGUAUCAUACAGAAGAAAUGGCGGAUUGUAGGUAUACAAACUUUAAAUAUGAUUCUGCACUAAUCAUAUAGCAUUCUUAUUACAAUACUUUAACAAUAUUGCACGGAAGAUUAUGAAAUGUUGUCCAAAUUGUUAAUUCUGAUAUAGAUUGUACGUAAUAUGUCACUAGUAAAUCAAUCGAGAAUAGUAAAUCAUUGAAUGCUCUCUGAAAAAUAACGAUUAUCAUUCCUUGUAUAUGUUUACGUCUGAAUUAAUGUCACUUUUUUCAUAUGUACUAUUUGCUAUUUAAUAGAUAUAUAUACUCUUUGCUAGCCAAUAGCUCUAGAUUUUAUGCUGAGAGAAAAUAUAUAUUACUUGUUAAUCUGUGACUUUUAUUAACAUUCCACAUUUAUAAUAACAUUGAUUUACAUAUUUCAUGAUUGCUAAAUCAAAUUUGAAAUGACUUGUUAUUACACAGGGAGAUUGAAAAUAUCCCAAAAUUUACCCCAUAUUUGUUUUUGUGGGAGAUUUAUUAUAUUAUGUUUAUAAUUUUACAAUGUAAUUGUACAACAUACAAGCUCAAAAAAUGACAUGUUGUAUGAGAAAGAACAAAACAAAAUAGUGCACAUUUAUAUCCAUUCAUUAUUUUCUUUGUUUAGUACAGAUAUAAGUAGAAGUAAAAUUUAUAAAUAUUUCAAAUAUACAGAAAAAGAAAUAUAGACUAAAUAAAAAAAUUCAGUAUUACAGGUUGUGUACAUGUGUGAACAGAAUAACCAUAUGAAAAACUUAAUAUUCAUUGCACACUCUGCAUUGAGAAUUCCAAUUUUAUAAUUUUGUCAGAAGAUAAAUUCUAUAAGACCUAGAGUUCCACAUGUAAGAGCUAUAUAGAUAAACUUUAAGCUAACAGUUUAAAAAUAGUCUGAUGAUAAUCUUUAAAUAUAAAUGAUAUAAUUUUAAAUUCUUUUACUAGAUAUUUUCUAAUUUUGCAUUAUAACAAUAGACAAUAUAUUUCUUUGCGAUAUCCAUUCUUUUAACAACAUUUUUAGUAACUCUUUCAAGUAGUACUCAUCUGGUGAUAUUCCAGAUUGUAUUACAUUAUAAGAAAUGAAAAUCUGCACAUGUAUUUGUGUGCAUAAAUCCUAGG